CUUCGUGAGAAACACUCGCGUUUUUUAUUAACGCUUAAAUUAUCGCACGUUAUCGCACAAGAUAGCCUCGUCAUCGUUCAUUUAAAAAGAUAUCAUAAUGCCAGACAUUCUGAAGCAGUUUCCCGUUGAAAAGGAGUACGAGAAGAAUAAGGAUAUCAAAGCAGAAGAUAUAAAGAAGUUACGAGAAUGGUUGAAUACUCAGCCACAUCUACCUGGUGAACAUUUAAGUGAUUUGGACCUGGCGAUUGUGUUCCAUUGCUGUGAUAAUAGUUCUGAGGUCUCAAAGCAAGUGUUGGACCUUCAUUACACUUUAAGGACUCUCUUCACAACUUUCUUUAAAGAUCGCAUUGUCGAUCUCAAGUUGGAGAACGCACUUUAUAAUGUGUUGAUAGCUCCUCUGCCGACCCCGACAGUGCAAGGCUAUCGCGCGAUGUAUCUCAGGCUUUUAGACCCUGAUUCACGUAACUUCAACUUCCCAGUUACCGUUAAAGCUAUGAUGAUGGUAUUUGAUCUUUGGCAGUAUCAGGAAGGCACUUGGCCUGGAUUUGUUCUGAUGAUAGACAUGGACCAGACAACGCUGGGUCACGUCGCAAAGUUAGAUCUCAUGAGUAUCAAGCAGGUUUUAUAUUUUCUACAAGAGGCAAUGCUGAUCAGACUAAAAGGUUUGCAUUUCUUAAACGCACCUUACUUCAUGGACAAAGUGAUGAUGUUAAUAAAGCCUUUCAUAAAGAAGGCUUUGAUGGACAUUAUACAUAUACACCAACCGAAUUCUGAAGAACUCUACCAAUACGUGCCAAAGAAAGCCUUCCCCAAAGAAGAAGGUGGUCAACAUAAAGAUCAUGUGACAAUUAGAGAUGAAACAAUUGAACUAUUAAAAACAAAUACACAGUUCUUCAAAGAGGAGAGUCUGCGUCGUGUGAACGAAGCUGUUCGACCUGGAGGGAAGAAGACUGUUGAAGAUCUGUUCGGAAUACAGGGCAGCUUCAAGAAAUUAGACAUCGAUUAAUAAUC